AUGCCACCCCCAUCCCACCGCCGUCUCGACUCCCAAACCCAAAAUUACCCCCGCUCCUCAAUCCUCCCAGGAAACACAUUCACCCAGCCCACAAACAGCUACGGCUCCUCAACACCCUCAAUGUCCGCCGCGAAGACCAGGCAAUACGCACACCUGCACUCGCAGCUCGCGCAGUUGAAUGCCAAUCUGGCUGAUACUGAGAAUUUGUUGAGGAUGACGGCUGUGCAGGCGGGGGAUAUGCGGUUCCUUGGUGGGUAUAUCGGGGCUAUGUUUAUGGGUUCUGCUAAGAUUUUGGGGGAGGAGGGGGUUAAGGGGAAUGCGGAUAAACCUAAAGAGGAGGAGGUUGGGGUUAAGGUUGAGGAUAGUGAGGAAGAUUGA